CAGGUGUAACUAAAGUCUGAUUUAAGUGUUGAAUCAGUUUAUCAACUUAAAUUCCCCUUCAUAAAUAGUACUGGCACACACUACAGGCGUAGGCCUAAUGUGUAUAUUUUUUAAUGAAAUUACGUUUUUAUCAUUGCUUUUGCCUUCACUCUCAUAACACAAGAGGAGCACUUACUGAAAUGUAUCCCUUACUUAAAAACUCCUUUAUCCAUAAAUUGUCAUUAAAGUAAAACAAAUAUGAAUUGUUAUGGGUUAAUUGCUUGGUUAUCAUACAUCUCUUUAAAUGUGAUACCAAACAAAUACCAUAUUCAAUGAUCUGGGCUGCUGACAUCAUGGUAAAUAGAUACAUCACUACUAACCCUGCUGUAAUGCCUCUGACCUGUGUCUUCCAUACAGAUGCUGAAAUGCUCCAUAAUAGCAAAAUAGCUUGCCUCCUUCACAGCAGAGAAGUGAAGGAGAAGCGUGCGAUGGAAAAGGCUGUCGUUGACUACCGGCAUCAGUACCAGCAGCCUCAGUGCCAGAGCGACUAUGACCUGAGCGACCCGCACCGCUGUGGGAACACAGACCCAGGCGACGCCCAGAUGAUGCUCCCUGGCCUGCUGGGCGAGGACCCCCACAGUGAGAGCAGGGGACGGAGGCAGAGGGAGCAGCAGAGGGAGUGGCUCCUCCAGCAGCAGGGGGAGCAGGCAGCAGAGAGGCAGCGACAGACGCUGGAGGAGCAGCGCUAUGACCUCAGUAGAACAUACAUGGAGAAAAAAGCUCUGCAGCUUGAGGGCAUUGAGAUGGAGAGGAGAAGAGCAGAAACUGUCGCCACUAAAGAGUUCAAUCUGGCCAAGGUAAGUCACUCAGGUAAUCACACGGUCACAUAAAGGUGGUUCAACUUGC